AUGGGCAACUGCUGUGACUGUUUGAACCCUAAACAGGAUAUUGUCGCACCCACGGCUAAAACUCCACUACUAUCUGCAGCUACUCAACCAUCUUCGCAAGCUCCGGUGAUAUCCCCUGGGCUGCCGGCACGAUCAGCCAGACAACAUAAGCCAGGCCAAGAGAAGAACGAACUGACAUCGUCCCUGGAUGCGCUGACCACGGUCAGUCUAUCAACCAUUAGCACCGUCCCCUCCCUGGACAAGACAUUUCAGGACCAUGCUAAACUCUACAACGACCUGUACUCAACCUUUAUUGACCUGCGUAAGUGCCUGCACGACUUCAAGGCCAAGUUUGAGGCGGACACCGAAGGCAUCCCAACAAUCGCCGAAUGUUUGAGGCUGCUGGCUACAAGAUGUGGUGACACCAGACUCAGCGGAUCCAUGACCAAAAACUGCAUCCAGAUCACCUACGACAAAAGGAACGUUUCCGAGAAAUGCCUCGGCCCGCCCGAGGAGGUUCUGGAGACGCUGGAACUAUACAACAGAGCCAACAACUUCAUCAAGAACAUCCUUGCACGGGCACCCCAGGUUCAAACCUCCAUCAGACUCAUUCUGGACGAGGAGCUGAAACUGAAGCGAGAGGUCACGAAAGCUGACCCGGAUGGGAAACUUGGCCCCAAUCCUCUACGGCGGACCACGGAAAACUUCUCUAAACUACACAAACUUCCUGUGUACAUCGACACAAUCCAGAAGUAUACUGGCAGGACGUUUAAAGAGAUCGCCAACGGCUCCAGAAUAUUAUUUGAGAACACUUAG